ACAUGACUAUUUGGUAACACUUCUCUCUGGACUGAGAUUUCAGAGAAGAAAGACAUUGUAUUUGUAGAUUUCAAAGUCCCACAAAACACACCCAACAAACCCCUUCCACCAAACCCAACCGUCAAAAAGAAAUAAUAAUCAAAAUUAAAAUUCAAUAUUUCUGUCUCGCUGCUGUCAUAUAUUUAUUAGAUUACUCUGUUCUACGAAAGCUACCCCGAUCAUAAAAUCUGAGGGAAAAAAAGAACUUUUUUCAGGUCAAACAAAGCCAAAGUUUUCUUUUUCUCUCCUUUGUUUUUUGUUCAGCAGCCGUGAAUUGUUAUUGGGUUCCAACUCUUCUCUCCGACUCUGACCCAUUGAUCUGUAUUGGGUUUUUUCUGUGUUUCACAGAAAACCCACUUGAAUUUUCACGCCAGAAAUUCAAGCUGUUUUCACCAUGAUCUGCUCUGUGAAGCAAUACUCAACUAUAACAAAUGGGUCUGAUAUCUUUUUGCGGCAAAGCACUCGGCCGCCGAUGCAAAGAUCGUUGCUUUUGCCCUCUCUUCCGGUGCAAAAGUCUCAGAGAUCAGUUAUUUCAGUGCAAAAGGCCUUACAUGUGUCUGCGAUCGAGAGUUUUGGGUCUCCAAAGCCUCGAACAAGUUUGAUCAAAUGCCAAGCUUACGAGGCCGACCGAUCGCAGCCGAUCGAGUCGAACAUCGAGCUUCCGAAGGCCGAUACUCGAUCAGAGGCGGCGAAGAAGCUGAAGAUCGGUGUGUAUUUUGCUAUGUGGUGGGCUCUGAACGUGGUUUUCAAUAUAUACAAUAAGAAGGUGUUGAAUGCCUACCCCUUCCCUUGGUUGACCUCCACUUUGUCUUUGGCAUGUGGGUCUUUGAUCAUGUUGAUCUCCUGGGCUACUAGGAUUGCUGAGGUGCCCAAGACUGAUAUGGACUUCUGGAAGGCUCUGUUUCCUGUUGCUGUGGCACAUACAAUUGGGCAUGUAGCAGCGACUGUUAGUAUGUCUAAGGUUGCAGUUUCUUUCACUCAUAUCAUCAAGAGUGGAGAGCCAGCUUUCAGUGUUUUGGUUUCAAGGUUCCUGUUGGGCGAGUCCUUCCCUACAUCCGUCUACCUGUCCCUCCUUCCAAUCAUCGGUGGGUGUGGUCUUGCUGCCUUGACAGAGCUUAACUUCAACAUGAUAGGAUUUAUGGGGGCCAUGAUAUCUAACCUGGCGUUUGUCUUUCGUAACAUAUUUUCAAAGCGGGGCAUGAAGGGAAAGUCUGUUAGCGGGAUGAACUAUUAUGCCUGUCUAUCUAUGUUGUCGCUCAUAAUUCUCACACCAUUUGCAAUUGCGGUGGAGGGACCUGCGAUGUGGAAAGCUGGAUUUGAAACGGCCUUCUCUCAAAUUGGACCCAACUUAAUAUGGUGGAUGGCGGCCCAGAGUGUCUUCUAUCAUCUCUACAACCAGGUGUCAUACAUGUCCCUGGACGAGAUUUCUCCCUUGACAUUUAGCAUAGGAAACACCAUGAAACGUAUAUCUGUCAUAGUGUCCUCCAUCAUCAUAUUCCACACACCUGUUCAGCCCGUCAAUGCUCUUGGAGCUGCUAUUGCAAUUUUCGGAACUUUCUUGUAUUCCCAGUCAAAGCAGUGAGAAGCUUGGCCUCGAGGAGGUUUACGUUCAUGUAACAUAAAUGACGGGGAAAGGGAGGUGGCGAUUUCUGGCGUAGGCAGAGGCAGGGGAAGAGUUUCUAUGAAGAUCCAUGGUUACUGGAUUUUUGGUCAUAUGAACCAAGAGUGUAAUUGUAGAUACUAAUAAUGAUUCAAACAUAAUCACCUGUUAUACAAGGAGUUAGGCAGUUUUUUUUUUCGGGUUUUUCGUUUUUAUUUGACCAGGUUGGAGAGAGAAAUAAUAAUUCAAUAAUAUCCAAGACUGUCUCUGCUUUGAGAAAGCAAAAUGUCUUUGUGGACCUUAGGCUUAUUCGCAUUUCGUGUUUAGAAUCUCAAACUAUGAAUAGAGCAUAUUCCAUUUGAGUUGGUGGGUAUGCUUUAGAAAUCAUGAGCUUUUCUAUUUCGGAUUUAAUGUAAGUCGGCAGCAUCUGUUUGGUG